AAUGGUUUGAAUUUGAGUCACAUGCGUUCGCGUUGUAUACGUCUUCGUAUGUAUAUACUUAAUUGUAAGUUAAAUAAUAUACUUUUUUGUCGUCGCAUUUGUUUUUUCUUUUGAUUAUAAUGUCAUUUUUCAUACGUAAAAAUGUUUCAAAACGGAAAAAACCACCAGUUCGCAUCACUAACAACAAUAUUAAGAAAAAAAAGACACAAAAUCAAGCUGACGACGAGAUCUCAUCUGAUUCCAGCGAGUCCGACCACGAUGACCAACAACCGUAUUCGUCCGAAUCGGAUAGUGAUAAAUAUAUUACGGCAAGUGAGAAGAAAGUUCAACUCGCUAAAAAGUAUUUGAGUGAGAUUGAGGAGGAGGAGCGUCGCCGUUUAGAGGAUGAUGACGAUGACGAACAAGUAAAUAAAAAUGUUCUUAAACGGUUAAAAGAUGAUGUCCUCGAUCAGAAAGGGCAAUUGAAAACAAAAUUGGCUGAUGGGUUGUCGUUUCCAACCGAUAUUGUUGAGUUGCGAAAUAGGAAUCAUGCCAAAGCUAUUACUUGCACUGUUAUAUCAUCCAAUGACAAGUAUGCAUAUUCCUGUUCUAAAGAUUCUUCCAUAAUACAAUGGGAUUUAGAAACCUGUAGAGUACACAAGUCUUUGAGCUAUAAUCGCAAAAGACCUCAACAUAAUCCAACGCACCACAACUAUCCAGUUUUAUCUCUUGCAGUUUCAGAUCAUUAUUUAGCGUCUGGAGACAAUUCUGGUCUUAUUGUGGUUCGUAAUCCAAUCACGUUAGACUAUAUUGGGUCGUUGACAGGUCAUAAGGAUGGUGUUACUGGCUUGAUAAUUUGUAAUGAAUCAAACCAACUAUUCAGUUGCUCAAAAGAUAAAAGUGUCAAGGUUUGGAAUCUUGUUGAUAUGUGCUACAUAGAAACACUUUUUGGCCAUCAGAAUGAAGUUACCUACAUGGAUAUGUUACAAAAAGAUCGUUUAGUCACAGCUGGAGGUUUGGAAAAUAUGGUUAGAGUAUGGAAGAUACAGGAUGAAACACAGUUGAUAUUCAAUGGAACAGGUGGUUCAAUAGAUACUGUUCAAAAAAUUGAUAGUGCACAUUUUGUCACAGGCAGCGAUAAUGGUACUGUCAGUAUUUGGGGAACAUUGAAAAAAAAACCAUUGUGUAAUGUUGAAAACGCACACGGAAUUAAUCAUACUAAUGGCCAACCCAAUUGGGUAUCUGCAGUAGGAGCUUUAGCGAAUUCUGACUUGGUAGUGUCUGGAAGCAACAAUGGAACUAUCAAGUUUUGGAGGUGUUCAAACAACUUUAAGUCAUUAUUACCAUUAUUCGAUGUUCCUGUUAAAGGUUUUAUAAAUGGACUUGUAUUCACAAACGAUGGAAGUCGAUUGAUUGUAGUUAUCGGCAAUGAACAUAGAUUUGGAAGAUGGCACAAUGUAACUGGUGUCAAAAACAGCUUGCAUGUAAUUAAACUGAACUUUAUUAAAAAAUAAAUUAUACAAGUCAUAACUUAUGUUAUUUUAAUUUUAAAAUAUACAAUUUUAUAAAACUUUA